GCAGAGCAGGAGAGAAAUUGGAGCCGGUUCGUUACGGUUCAACCGCGUUUCUCGAGAUUUCGUUGCCGCCAAGCAAUAAAAUCUCCACCCCUCCGUCCUUGGCCGCCCAAGACAUCCCGCAAUCCCCCUUCCGCCGAUCCAAUCUACAAGCAAUGGGGAUGGAGCGCCAGCGCCCUGCGGCUGCGGGCUCCGCCUUCCACGACCCCGACGCGCCCCCGCUCCCGCGCCCUUCACCGGCCACGGAGACCGCGGGAUCUGCCAGUUCUCCAGCCCGCUGCGCCGCGCCAGCCGCGGGAACGCGUGGUCCGGGCGGCGCCACCGCCGCAGGGGCGGCGACCCGCAAGAGGAGUCGCGUCGAGGCCUUCGGCAGCACCGAGGAGUACGAGGAGACCGGCAGCCUCGGCGAGGGCGGCUUCGGCGCCGUCGUCAAGGCGCGCCACCGCGUCACCGGCGAGACCGUCGCCAUCAAGCGCCUCAUCGACCCCGACGGCCGCGGCGACAGCAGCGAGGAGCUGCUGCAGGAGGCGCGCUUCCACGAGGCCUGCGCCGCCCACCCGUUCAUCGUCGACUUCCUCGGCGUCGUCCGCGACCCAGCCACCGCGGAGCUCCGCCUCGUCAUGGAGUGCGUCGGCGGGCCAAGCAUCGACAGGUUCGUGCGCGACCAGCGGCGGCGCGGCCGCCUGCCGCUCCCGGAGGCCACGGUGCGCGCCGUCAUGUGGCAGGUGCUGAAGGGCGCCAGGAAGAUGCAUGAUCAGUGCAUCGUCCACCGGGACAUGAAGCCCGAGAACAUCCUCGUCAGCGAGGAUGGGAAGGUCGUGAAGAUCUGCGACUUCGGGCUGGCCAUGUCCUUGUCCGAGGAGCCGCCGUACGAGCCGGACGCCGGCUCGCUGUGGUACAUGGCGCCCGAGCUGCUGCUGGAGAAGCCCGACUACGACGAGCGCGUCGACACCUGGUCCCUCGGCUGCGUCAUGGCGCAUCUCAUCAACGGGAACGUGCUGUUCGGGGACGGCCGGGACGAGGAAGGACAGCUCCGCGAGAUCUUCGAUGUGCUGGGCUACCCGGACGAGAGGACGUGGCCGUGGUUCUCGUCCACGCCGUUCGCCAUCGAGUGGCUGCCGUUACUGGACGUGCAUCAUCGCAACCACUUGCGCGAGCUGUUCCCCGAGGCAGUGCUAUCCCAGAAAGGAUUCGAGGUCCUGAACGGCCUUCUCACCUGCAACCCUGACAAGCGCCUCACGGCGGCUGCUGCGCUCGAUCAUCCAUGGUUUGCCAAGGUCGACGCGCUGGAACUGGGGAGGAGAGAAGAGGUGUCAUCGACAUUGCCCAAGACGGAGUUGCUCAAGGUUUCUGCAGUUCCUUGCUUGUGACUUGACUACUCGAGACUUGAGUGUCCGUAAUUUGACUACUCGAGACUGCAUUGCUGAAUCCGUUUUUGGCAAGAAUUUUGGUACAGUCGAAUCGACGAAACAUGUACAUGCUGAUCUCUUGUGCAUCUAGUACUACCAGAUUGCUACCAAGCUAAUCUGGCAAUAUGAACAUUGGAUUCAGACACCUGAAUAUAGAUGCUUUUGGUUUA